AUGAAAUCGAAUGGCUGUCUUUCUCCAAAGAUCAUAUUUUUCCUGGUAUCCUCUACUUUGGCACAUACUGUUUUUUCAGGGAUUUUCAAACCACGUGACAGUUCUAAAUGGCCUACGCCCCCGUGCCAUAUAUAUCAGCCACUGGAUCCUCUUUAUGAUGCAAACUGUCCUAAUGUGACAGCGUAUGUGUGUGCUACAAACAUGCGUACUUACCAGAAUGAGUGUUUCUUCUGCACUGAACAGUGGGAAUUUGGUUCUCGUAUUAAAUUUGCCAAAUAUGGAAAAUGUGAUGAAUGA